AAGGAAGUAGUCAUGUGAUAGUGACGUAACAGGAGAUGUAUAAAGCUUCUUUGUUCGCAUUUUCGUCAUUACCCGUUUGUUGAUUACAGCGUUAGCUUUCGUCGCUUUUUACAAAGAUUAUCAAAGAUUUCUAGCCAUUGAAAAAUACAUCUGCCACGAUGCAAAUUUUUGUGAAGACUCUCACUGGCAAAACUAUCACCUUAGAAGUGGAAGCUUCAGACACCAUCGAAAAUGUCAAGUCAAAGAUUCAAGAUAAAGAGGGAAUUCCUCCAGAUCAGCAAAGAUUGAUCUUCGCUGGUAAACAGCUUGAAGAUGGCCGCACAUUGAGUGACUACAACAUCCAGAAAGAAUCUACACUUCAUCUUGUGCUCAGAUUGAGAGGAGGAAUGCAAAUUUUUGUGAAGACUCUCACUGGCAAAACUAUUACCCUGGAAGUAGAAUCAUCAGACACCAUCGAGAAUGUAAAAUCCAAAAUUCAAGACAAAGAAGGAAUUCCUCCGGAUCAACAGAGAUUGAUCUUUGCUGGAAAACAGCUUGAAGAUGGUCGCACAUUGAGCGAUUACAACAUCCAGAAGGAAUCUACCCUUCAUCUUGUGCUCAGAUUGAGAGGAGGAAUGCAGAUCUUUGUCAAGACUCUCACUGGCAAGACCAUCACCUUGGAAGUGGAAGCAUCUGACACCAUUGAAAAUGUCAAGUCAAAGAUUCAAGAUAAAGAAGGAAUACCUCCAGAUCAGCAAAGAUUGAUCUUCGCUGGUAAACAGCUGGAAGAUGGCCGCACAUUGAGUGACUACAACAUCCAGAAAGAAUCUACACUUCAUCUUGUGCUCAGAUUGAGAGGAGGAAUGCAAAUUUUUGUCAAGACUCUCACUGGCAAAACUAUCACCCUGGAAGUAGAAGCAUCGGACACCAUCGAGAAUGUAAAAUCCAAAAUUCAAGACAAAGAAGGAAUUCCUCCAGAUCAACAGAGAUUGAUCUUUGCUGGAAAACAACUUGAAGAUGGUCGCACAUUGAGCGAUUACAACAUCCAGAAGGAAUCCACACUUCAUCUUGUGCUCAGAUUGAGAGGAGGAAUGCAAAUCUUUGUCAAGACUCUCACUGGCAAGACUAUUACUUUAGAAGUGGAAUCAUCCGACACCAUUGAGAAUGUGAAGUCGAAGAUUCAGGAUAAGGAAGGAAUUCCUCCAGAUCAGCAAAGAUUGAUUUUCGCUGGAAAACAGCUCGAAGAUGGUCGUACACUUAGCGAUUACAACAUUCAAAAGGAAUCUACUCUCCAUCUUGUUUUGCGUCUUCGUGGUGGUUGUUAGUUCAACAGAUUUUGAUUUUUUGUUUGUCAUUAUAAUAUAUGCUUAACACUUAAAUACUUUCCUGGUGUCCUAUGGUGAUAAUAAUUUUUCACCUCCGUUAUCAUAAUGUAUUGUAAAUGGCAUAGCUUUUGCUAUUUUCUAAGACUGAAAUUCAAUGUUAUUGGAGAUACACAUUCCUUUCGAUUUUCAAUUACCAUUACACUAAAUGCUGCAUUGGAUUAAAAUAAAUUGUGUAAUGUAAUCA